GUUCAUGGCCCACGUGGAGCGAACCCUGAAGAUGGACUGCAGCCUGCCCCAGCUGAAGCAGGCCUGUGCCAAGAUGGUCUCAAAGACCAGGCUGCUAGUAAAUGUGCUCCGUGAGAGGCAAGAGAACCAGGAAGCCUCUGAUGCCAUGGACCAGUGUCCUGUGCAGGAGAACAUGAUCAUCCACAUGGCUUUGGGGAAAGGCAAGAAACUGCCAAGGAAGAAUCUGGAGGUUGUGGUGUACGUCAUCAUCUCUGUGGCUUUGCUGUUUUUCUUCAUCUUCGUUUAUGUGAUACUGAAGUGUGUCUUCCAGGUUCUGUGUAAAUCUGCCACAGCGAGAGAGGAAGGAUAACCAGGAGGCACAGGAUGUGGAGCAGAACUGGGCAGGGAGCUCCUCCGAGAGUUGCCCCUGUGCUGACAGUGUCCAUGGUGCUUCCCAGUUGAAGAAGUCUGAGUUGUCGUGGAUUA